AUGGCAACCGAACCUAUCAUUGUUGUCCAAAUCUUGGAAGUGGAUGACAGGCCUAUUAAAGUAUUUACCCGUUAUGGCAAAACUGUCAUCAUUACACCAGAGGACGCCUACCUUUUAGAAGAGUCGGCGAUGAACGAGACACCGCGACGGAGGAGAAUCGAUCCAGAGCUGUUAGCCAGAAUCCGUCAUAGACGCUACACACUCUUUGGAUUUGAUUUAACCAAUGACCACGGAGCUGAUCAAGCCAAUUUUCAUCCCAAGUCGUCAGGAAGUUUGUCUUUGGAAUCGAAAAUACUCCACAAAAUCCACUCGAUUUGCUAUUAUUUGCCGAAUAAGAUAAUGUCUUGGAAAUCGAUGUCAACCGCCAAGUUCUGGUGGAUUGGUAAACCUCUGUAUACUUCACAGUUGGAGGAAGUAUUGGCCUGCCACAUCCCGGGACAAUUUGCAGGCGUGUUAGCCAGAAAUCAACUACAAACCUUACAGCCAACACGCUAUCCCUCAGCGUACGUUGUGAAUACCGACGACGCAGGCCAGCCUGGAAAACAUUGGACAGUUUUUGUGUGCGAAAAAGACCAUUGUGAUUUCUUCGACUCGUUUGGAUGUUCCCCAGAAGUGUAUGGCCAAAAUUUUGCCGACUUUGCGCGGCGUCAAGGACCCUUACGUCACAAUACCCGGAGGAUUCAAGGAAAUCAAAGUGCUGUCUGCGGGCAUUAUUGUUUCUUUUACUUGUGGCAUAAAUUCCACGUACCGUCACCCCAUGCUUUAUCGGUGUUCCAAUCUAAUCUGACCGAAAACGAUCGUUUAGUCCAUGCUUGGGCCCAUCACCAUUUUCCUUGUUUGUCUUUUGAAGAUGGCGUAACAUGUUUAGGAUUUAUGAAUGACAAUAUGUUAGAGUUAAUGGAUUUAAGUUGA